GGGACUCGUGACAGCUUGCUAGCCAGCUCGUCUGUCCGCCUGCCAGCAUCCCAGGACUGGAAGGAUCAGAUUUAGAGCUGGAACGAAUCUUAGAGAUCUUCUAGUUCAACCACCACCUUUUGAUGGAGGAAAAUGGGGUUCAAAGAUGCCCAAGGUCACAAAAGUAAUUAUUAAAUAUUUUGGAUACUAGUUUUAUGACCAUGAGUGAUUCUGUGCCUUCCAAUGUAAUUGGCCGAAGAAUUGAUGUUAAUGGAGAACUUGCAACAGUGCGCUAUUUUGGCAGUGUUCCUCCCAUUGCAGGACUCUGGCUGGGAGUAGAAUGGGACAACCCUCAAAGAGGAAAGCAUGACGGUAGCCAUGAGGGGACUGUAUAUUUUAAAUGCAGGCACCCCAAGGGAGGAUCCUUUGUCCGUCCAAAUCGAGUAAAUUUUGGAGUGGACUUUAUCACUGCAGUUAAAAAUCGCUAUGGAUUGGAAAAUACCAAAGAGGAAGAUGGAAAUGAGAUGAUUGUAAUUGGAAAUAAAACCGUAGAAACUGUUGGGUUUGAUUCUAUUAAAAAAUUCCAAAGUCAGCUGAACAAGUUGCAAGACGUCUCUGUUUGGAGCUCUGCAGUGAGUUGUGCUGGUGGCAGAGGGGAAAUUGCACAAACAUGUCCUAAUAUCAAAAGGAUAGAUUUAUCAAAAAACCUGUUGUCAGAAUGGGAUGAAGUGACCCUCAUUGCUGAUCAGCUCAAAUACUUAAAAGUUCUUAAUCUCAGUGAAAAUAAAUUAAAAUUUCCCAGUGAUUCACCAUCUCCAUCCUAUACAUUUUCUGCACUGAAGAUUUUAGUGCUUAAUCGAACAGGAAUAACAUGGACUGAGGUUCUGUGGUGUGCUCAAGGAUGGCCAGUUCUAGAAGAGUUGCAUCUUGCAUCUAAUAAUAUUACAAUUUCAGAAAGACCUACUGAUAUUCUGCAGACUCUCAAGUUAUUAGACCUUUCUAAUAACCAUUUAAUUGAUGGAAAUCAGUUAUUUCUAAUAGCAUAUCUACCCAGUUUAGAACAACUAAUCCUUUCUGAUAAUAGAAUUUCUACUCUGCAUUUUCCAGAUGCUGGAAUAGGGUGCAAAACCUCAAUGUUUUCUUCUUUGCAGUACCUAGUGAUAAAUGGCAAUCAGAUAUCACAAUGGUCAUCUAUCAAUGAAUUAGAUAAAUUAAAAAGUUUACAGUCCUUGUCCUGUACACAUAAUCCUCUGACUGAAGGAAAUAAAGAUCUUCAGACUAUUCGCCAACUAAUUAUUGCCAAAAUUGGUCAGUUGAAGAUAUUGAAUAAGUGUGAGAUUCUUCCUGAGGAAAGGCGAGGAGCUGAGCUUGACUACCGCAAGACAUUUGGAAGUGAAUGGAAAAAAGCUGGUGGACAUCAGGAUCCAGAUAAAAACAAACCAAAUAAUGAAUUCAUUAUAGCCCAUCCCAGAUACCAGUUAUUUUGUCUUAAAUAUGGUGCACCUGAAGAUGGGGAACUGAAACCACAGCAGCCAUUUAUGCUAAAAAAUCAAUUGCUAACUCUAACGAUUAAAUGUCCUAAUCAGCCUGAUAAGAAAGUCUUGGUGAAGCAGCUACCAGAGUCCAUGACAGUUCAAAAGGUGAAGGGCUUUCUGUCUCGUCUACUCAAAGUUCCAGGAUCAGAACUCAAAUUAUCCUAUGAAAGCCCUAAAAUGGAAGGCAAAGAAAUUGAACUAGAGAAUGACCAACAGUCAUUGCAGUUUUACUCUGUUGAAAAUGGAGACUGCAUAUUAGUACGAUGGUAAAAAUCCAGUUAUGACUACUCAGUAUGACCGAUGUCAAAAAGUCAACAAUGGAAAGGAUUUGUCAAACCACAUUUCAGAGGGAGAAAAAAUUGUUUCUGGCAUGUGUAUGUAUAAUAGCUCUAAUAAAUAUUUUGUGCCUAUUUACUGGC